AUGCGCAUCCUUCCAACCCUCCUGGCCACCGCCCUAAUGGCGCCCAUCCUCGUCACCACAGCUGCUGUGCCCGUCCCUGCCGCCCCUUUGGCCGCCAAGUACCAGACCCCCACCACCCUCGCCUUCAACCGCACCGAGACCACGAGCGUCCAGUGCGGCAACAGCUCCUUCCGCGAGAUCGGCGGCGGCGAGGACGGCGGCAUGCUGGUCCGUGACUGCGAGCACAUCCUGCGCAACUUUGAGGGAGAGGGAUACUUUACUGUGCUGGCUUCGGGCUGGAAGACUAAAAAUGUGUUUCCGUACUGGGUCGAGGGCACUUGCAUGUUUGGAUUCGGCCGCCACACCAACAGCAACAGCAACAGCAACAGCAACAACAACGGGUCCAACGAUAUUAUUCUAAUCGGCGAUGGCGACAUCAAGCGCUUCCUCGCCCACUCGGUACACAUGCGGCUGCCUGGCUCCCUCGACUUUAUGGAGAGCGUCCAGGGGCAGGUCGCAUGUAAUACUGUUGGCGGCGGACGGGCGGACAUCGAGUGGACUCUGCGGGUCACUCCGAACGCUACCCGCAUUCACCUUGAGCAGUCGGUCUGA